AUGUUACUGAAGCUUAAAGAGCAAGCUGAGUUGACUCCUUCUGUGGACUUAAUUCCCCUUCCUGGUGUCUCUGACUUUACUGAUCCUGGGACAAUGUGCUGGGCAGUUGAAUAGGGGUGAACUGGAGUGACAGAACCUGCCACAGAUACCCUGAGAGAGGUAGAACUGAGAAUCAUGGAUAAAAAGGCCUGUAAAAUCCAUACCUACAAACACUUCACCAGUUUUCAACACAAUUCCCAGCUGUGUGUGAGCAACCUCAAGAAGAUGCAAAAUGUAUACAAGGGAGACUCUGGAGGACCUCUCCUGUGUGCUGGGAUAGCCCAAGGCAUUGCAUCCUAUUUACAUUGGAAUGCGAAGCCCUCUGCUGUCUUCACCAGAAUCUCCCAUUACGGGCCCUGGAUCAAUAAGAUCUUGAGGGAGAAUUAA